GAGGAGGGAAAGGAAUGGAAAGCAAAGAAAGCAAAUAUGGAGAAAAUUACGAAAAAACCUCAUCAUCUCCGUUUCGGACUCAAACGCAGACCUUUCUCGAGCCCACAACGUUCUCCGCCCAAUCCCUCCUCUUUAACCCUAACCCUAACCCUAGAAUUCCCAUUCUCGCCUUUCCAACCACUAUUGCUUCUCCAUUCAUACCAAGAUCGCCUCUUUCUUCCUCUCUCUUGCCCGUCGAUGCGUUUCAGAGUUUCGGGGAUCAUUGUCUUGACAGGAAAACAUGACCGUGAUGGUUCUUGAUUCUUUGGUUGUGUGAGUUGAAUAUUUUUUGAUGGAAGCCUUUGGAGGUUCUGAGCACAGUGGUGCGAGUGUGGGGAAGAAACGGAGGAGUAUUCCUUCAAGAGGACGGCGUUCAGAUUACCAGAUACUGUUGGAGGGUACAAAGUGCUUGCCUCAUUUAUCUGCUCCAUCUUCUGAGGAUGCAAGCAAGAUUUCUCUUGAAAGUAGCUUGGGUGAUGAUCCUAGUUUAAACAACUCUUCACAAAGAAUGAUUUCAAUUAAUAAAAUCAAUGGCACAGGUUCAUCAAAAAAGUUCAAGAAGAGUGAGGGGAGGUCUGGAGAUGUUGGUGGGUUUUACAGAAAUGGUAGUACGAGAGCUGGUCAUUCUGGAAAUAAUGAACCACGGCGUAAUGGGUCUGAUUUGAAGCGAUGCAGUGAAGGUGUCCUUGCUCCGGCUAAUUGGAAAUCCACUAGUAACACCAGAGAGAAACUUGAACUACAGGCAAUGGUAUCUGAGGCUUCUAUCUCCAAGAACGGUGAUGGUUAUUCUUUAGAUCAUUCAGUUGGUGGCUCAAGUGGAUCAGGUGAAAAUAAACCAAGGAAGUUAAAGUUCAAAGUUGGUGGACUUCUGGGGUCUACACAUACAAAAUCAAAUACAGACAAUGCUUUUACAAAAUCUUCACAUCCUUUGAAUGUCUCAUGGCAUGGACAAAAGCAUAUGCUCCAGGACAACUCAGAUGAUGGUCAAUUUCACAUUGAACAAAGUAAUUGCAUGCAAGGGAGAGAGUGGAAGGAUUUGGGAGAACAUCAUCCUCAUGGAACAGAGGAAAAUACAAGGGUUAAAUUAGUCGGAAAAAGUUCAUCAUCAACACAAAUGGAUAAAGUACAUAGCACGAACUCUUCUGACCCUACUACCCGUAAGAGCAAGAGGGUUACUAGGAGGCGGGCUGUAGAGGACACAUUUGAUGAUAGUGAUGAAGAUGAUGAGAUCCGUUAUCUGGAGAGACUGAAAUCUUCCAAGAUUGUAAAAGUUGAUGCUGUUGAUUAUGGACAUGAAGGGAACAAAUUAAAGAAAAAGAAAGUUUCAGAAUCAUCCAAGAAUAAGGUUAGUAGUUACGAUUUUGAUGAGGAAUAUGUAUCACAGUCAGUUAAGGAUGGUGAACGACGGAGAAAAACAGCGAAGGAAUCCAGUGAUAUUGCCUAUGUGGAAGAGGAUGAACCUGGGUCUGAUGCCAGUCUGGAUCCAAAGGAGAUGAAACGAGAAGGAUCUGCUGAUACAGUAGGUGAUGGUAGGGUAGGAGCUCUUACCACACGUCAGCGAGCUCUCCAAUCAAGUAAAGAUGGAAAUACUGGCGAAAGUUUGAUUGAGUUCCCAAAUGGGCUGCCUCCUGCUCCCCGAAGAAAGCAAAAGGAAAAGCUUUCUGAAGUUGAGCUUCAGGCAAAGAAAGCUGAAGCUGCUCAGAGACGCAGGAUGCAAGUAGAGAAAGCCAACAGAGAAUUGGAGGCUGCAGUAAUUAAUAAGAUCUUGGGGAAGGAUCCAAACAAGAAGAAAAAAGAGGAAGAAAAGCUUAAGGAGAUGCAGGAGGAAGCUUCUAGUAUGCUGCCAUUGGCUCCUAGCACAAUUAGAUGGGCCAUUGGACCAACUGGAACUACUGUUACAUUUGCGGAUGAUGUUGGCUUGCCAAAUAUAUUUGAAUCCAAACCAUGCAGUUAUCCUCUGCCACGAGAAAAAUGUGCUGGUCCUUCAUGUACUAAUGCUUACAAAUACCGAGAUUCCAAAACAAAUCUUCCCCUUUGUAGCCUACGAUGCUAUAGAGCUGUCCAAAAAAUUCCUCAGACAGGAACAUCAUGUUGAUUCUUCAGUCCAACGUGACCUGACUUAUUUUCCGCAUCUGAUCAUAGAACAAACUCUUUGAGGCUUUGAUGUGAAUUCUGAAAACAAGAGCUGAAUCUUGAACAGACUGGUCAAAAGCUGACAUGAAUAUAGAUAGGAUAAGGAAUUCAUUAAGGUUUUUAAUAGAAUUUUUAAUAGAAUUUGUUUCAUUCUCUCAAUGUAUAUAUAAUGCUGACAUUUAUCUUUUUUUUUACUGAUAUUAGUAAAAUAGCAGCAGCAGCAGCAGCAGCUUUGCAGUAAAUAUACAUUCACUCAAUUUUAAUGCAAAGUUUAAAGGUUGAAAAAGCUUCA